UUAAGAAGAAUAACUCGAAGAUGCCUAAAAAAUUAGAUUUUAGCGUUAUUUUUGCGACAAGUGAAGACCCGAAAUACCGGUCGGCGGAAUUAAAUAUACACGGUCCGACUGUAAAGGGAUGGCAAUCGGAAAAAAAAUGCGAGUAUCCUCAAGAAAUAAUUUUAAAGUUGGAAAGAAGAUGUGUACUGACCAAAAUCCAGUUAUUAACCCAUCAGUAUUUAAUUCCUUCAAAGGUAGAAAUAUUUUUAAAUAAUGAGGACACCAAUACUAUAGAAAACGUGUCACUUAUAACCUGGGAAUAUUUAGGAUAUAUAACAUUGUCCGAUAAUCAGGGCACGGAAUUCAAAAGUCGAGAGUUGAAAUCUGCAAAUGUGCCCAAGAAGGAAGCAACGUUUGUAAAAAUGAAUUUGCAUAGAAACCACGAAAAUAUUUAUAAUAUUAAUAAUCAGGUCAGUCUUAUCGCUAUUAAUUUCAUGGGUAUGGAAAUCGAGCUGCAGCACGUGUCGAUGAGUGAGAAUUCCACUAAGUUAAAUGAUCUAAUAAAUAAUCCCGAUUAUACAUCUCCUUAUGACGAUUUAGCAUUCGAGAUGUACGUGGAUAUCGAUAUUGCUAAAGUUAUACGUGAGAUGGAAAACAAGAAGCAUUUGGCUGUGAUAAACGAGAGAUUUGAAUAUGCUAGGAAGUUAAAAAACACUAUAUUAAAAUUAAGAGCUGCUGGAGAAAAAUUAGGAAAAUAUGAACUGGAAAAAAGGCACGCGAUAGAAAUGGAAGAUUACGAGAAAGCUGGACAAAAGAAAAGCCAAAUGGAUCAGUUCAGAGUUGAUAUUUAUCAAGAGCUCAGUAUAGAACAAUUGCUUGAAAAGGAAGGGGUUUGUGCGAAAAACGAUGAACUACACGACGACGCUGACAAUGUCUCUAAAAAUCUACUGUCGCCAGUUCUAUCUAAAAACUGCGUUGAUAAGAGACCGAUCUCACCUAAUCCCGUACACACUAGUCAGAUAUCCCCUUUGCACAUGCCUAGGCAUCAAAGUCCCAAAUCUGGAUCGCCCAGCACGGGAAGUCCGACAAAUAUCCAGUCCAGGGGUUCGUUCCGGAGGCGCAACAAAUCGGCCGGGGCGAUCAUAAAAUCCACUUACGAGAUGUACGAGGAGAAGCCGUUGCCUGCUCUGAGGCAUUCGCAGACGAACGAGUUUCUAAGGGAGUGCCAGUUGGAUUCCGAUCACAAGACAGUGUCGAAGCUGACGGAAAGGGAGAAGAAGCAGGCGGCUUUGCCUAUUUUGGUUUUUGGGAACGAUUUGGUAGAGAAGUUCUACUCGAAGCAUUACUGCGAUAAAGAGGAAGGAUUAACUAGACUUAAGGAAGAAUUGCUCUCGUACGAUAAUACAAAAAUGCAUGCGCCAAAUAAGACUGCUAGAGCUGCGAUAUUUUUACUACAUAGAGCACUAAGGGAUAAGGUUUUUUCCGUCUACAAUUUAGCCAAUGAAGUUAUACGGUUGUUUUUCGUGCAGUUUAUUCCCGGCAGAGUUGCUGCUACGGAAGUGGCUAGAAGCGUAGAUAAACUAUUACCAGAGCUAUUAACAAAAUCCGGAGAUACUAGUCAGAGAGUUAAUCAAAUGGCAGUCCACACGAUAUUAACUAUGGCGGAUUGCAAAAACGUUAGAGAUCUUCAUAUAAUUCCCGUGCAUUUGAGUAGACCAGUAAGUAGCAGUACUCAUCCUAGACUAGCGCUAAGUAGAGCAGAAAUGGUCGAGCAACUAAUCAUAAAUCACGGUAUAUCCACAGAUAAACAAAGUGGUUUAACCUGCCGCACCCUAGCAGAGUUCGGGUCGAGCGGCCUGCACCACCCAGCAGAAGCGGUCAGAAAAGUCUCCGAGAGAAUACUGGUGCUCGUUUAUAAAGUUAAUCCGCGCUUGGUGAGGAAGCAGCUACCGCCCGACGACGACAUAACGAGAAGGAACUUACUAUACCGUCAACUGUUCCACGAAUUUGACAAGAUAGAUCUGCAGAGGAAAAAGGAGAUAUUGGAGAAGAAUAAAAUUCUACAACAGAAUUCAGCGCCAAUCAACAGCUGCUUCAGCCCGGAACCAACCCCGCCCGAAAAGUACGAACUCACUAAAUGCUCAAGCUCGAACAACAUAAGGAGCAUGCCCAAUAUCUUCAACUACGAAAUCGACAACCAGCAAGACAACAACUACGCCUUCACCAAAAACUUAAACCAGAAUAACGGCACAGCGAAAACCGAACACGAAAAGCAAAGCUCCAGUUCCGCCAGCGGAAUCUCCACCCCGAGCAACAACUCGCAGAAGGAGGACGAGGAGAAGCAAUGCAUAUUCUGCAAUCAGCUGGAGAGCGUCAUUCUCUCGGUGAGCAAUUCGAUGAAUUCUCAUUAUUGGAGGUCGUGCCCGAUGCUGGUGCGUUGCAAGGAGUGCAGUCAGGUGGUCGAGGUCGCCACUUUGACAGAGCACCUCCUCACCGAGUGCGACCUACACGAGAAUUAUACUCAGUGUUCCCAGUGCUCGGAGGCCGUUAAGUUGGAGGAGUUUCAACAACAUUUGGCGGCGGAGUGCAAAGCAUUAAAGGAGGGUUACAACCGGUGCCCCCUGUGCCACGACAAUCUGGAACACGAGGAAUUUUGCUGGAAAAAGCACUUAAUGGGCGAUAAUCCUUGCCAGAAAAACACUAGGUUAAAACUUUUCGUCCAGAAACAAGUUAAAAUUCAAGUUUAGAGUUCGAGUUAUGUUUGGCUUUUAACUUUCCUCACGUUUUUAAUUAGGCAGAAUAACUUUUAUUUCACACGUUAAGUAGAACCUAGUGAAGUAUAAUGUAUUUGUUCCGCAACGGUGGUGAAUGUAAUGAUCGUUUGUUAGUAGAACCACUAGACAGACUGGUUAGAAAGUUGUCAGUUCUCAUCAGGUGAGACGACCGACAAAUUAUCUGGUUAUUAUCAACAUGUUUUCAAUUUGGAUGACGUAUAACCUACAAAGUAUGCCAUAUCUUAAAUGUCACUACUACUCGUAUAAUGACGCAUUACAAAUUAGUAGGUGGCUCUGGCAGUAGGUACAAAGUGAUGCUUUGUACCAGUAGGCAUCGAGUAGCAGUGACAAUAAGAUAUACAUACUUUGUAGGUCAUAUCCCACCCUCGCCCACGAUUAAAACUGGUUGAAAAUUCUCAUUACAUUUACCGUCGUUGGUUCUAGCUUUAGUAAUAUUGUUUCACCGAAUUGUUAUAGAACAGCAUAAAUUUAAAGUUGAACA